GCCUGCGUUAGGUCACUAUGGAAUCGGCAACUGCAGGGAGAGGAAGCUGUCGCAGUUAUAUUGACACGCGUUGUCCAAUCGAAGUCACUGUGCGGCAGGAGACGAAAGCUGGUGAUUAAGUAAUGCAGCAAGUGGGCGAGCACAACAUGUCGGACCAUUAUCAGGUUGACAAAAGAGAAAUAGAGUUCUGUGCAGAUCGUCUCAACAUCGAAUUUAACAACUUGUGUUAUUAUCCAUCAGGCAAGAAAGUAAAGUCUUCGAAGCAGAAGCCAGUAUUGAAUAACAUCUGUGGGAAGUUUUAUUCUGGACGCCUCACAGCAAUAUUAGGACCAUCAGGAGCUGGGAAGACUUCUUUAUUAAAUGUCUUAGCAGGGUUCAAAAAAAAUGGAGUAACUGGAUCUAUUAAGAUAAAUGGGAGACAACGCAAUGUCCAAAAAUUCAGGAAACAAUCAUCUUACAUCACUCAAGAAUUUGCCAUACUUAAAUUACUGACAACCAAAGAGACAAUGGUGUUUGCAGCUGAUCUGAAGAUAGACUCUGAUAUUGACAAAAUACUGAGUCUUCUUGGGCUGGAGAAGGUGAUGGAUGUACCUGUCGCAAAAUUAUCUGGAGGAGAGAAGAAGAGACUGUCAAUUGGCCUUGAGCUAUUGUCAAAUCCACCAGUCAUGUUUUUUGAUGAGCCUACGAGUGGACUGGACAGUUCAUCAGCUUUACAAGUAAUCUCACAUCUGAAAUCUCUAGCUGAAGGCGGUAGGACGGUAGUUUGUUCCAUCCACCAGCCAAGUUCACAGCUCUUUCAGAUGUUUGAUGACAUCUGUGUUGUAGCAGAAGGACAGUGCCUUUAUAGUGGACCUGUUGAUGACCUGACAAGUGUCUUUGAGGAGGCAGGAUUCCAAUGCCCCAAUUUCUACAACAGAGCAGAUUUUGUAAUUGACGUUGCAUGUGGAGAGAGAGGUGACAACAGAGAUAAGCUGAUUGAAAAAUUCAACGCUAAAGAAUGUGACCUACUGGAGUGUCAGCAAGUUGCUGACAGUGAAGAAAUAUCAAUGUUGCAUCUGACAACACAAAAAUGGAAUGACACAGCUAUACAAAUCUGUACAGAAAAAGAAGUUUAUGCAGGAACAAGUUAUCCUCAGUCAGGAUGGAAGCAGUUUCAAGUUUUGUUAAAGAGAUCAUUAAUGUGUUCUCUAAGAGAUAAGAUGGCUGUCCACCUUCGAGUAAUCUGCCAUUUGAUUAUUGGAUUAUUACUUGGAGCACUCUAUUAUGAUGCUGGAAAUGAUGCUGCAAAAGUAAUGGGCAAUAUUUCAUGCAUUUUCUUCUUUAAGUUGUUCUUGGUCUUUGCCAAUGGAGUACCAAGUAUAUUAUCUGUUCCUCUGGAGACGUCGGUAGUUUUACAUGAACACCUUAACAACUGGUACUCGCUAGAGGCAUAUUACUUCUCCAAAAUGAUUGCAGAUAUCCCUUUGCAGAUUAUAUGUCCUACUGUAUUCCUACUUGUGGGAUAUUUUCUGACGGGUCAACCUUCUGAUGGGACAAGAUUUUUACAAUUUUGGGUUUUAUGUCUGUUGAUUACUCUUAUUUCACACAACCUGGGACUUGCAAUGGGUGCUUUUUUCAAGAACCCUGAGGUCGCUAUGUUUGUGUUACCCGCAUCAAAUAUCCCAUUAGUGUUAUUCUCUGGUUUCUUUUUGAAUCUACGAGACAUGCCCAAAUGGUUAGGAUGGUUGUGUUAUGUAAGUUAUUUCCGAUACGCAUUUGAAGGAUCGAUGCAGUGUUUGUAUGGUUAUGACAGACCCAAUCUGGAAUGCUCGCAAGUAUACUGCUAUUUCAAAUCACCGCAGAAACUUUUAGAAGAGUUUGAAAUGGUAAAUUCUGUUUAUGCUUACGAUGCACUAGCACUGCUGGUAUGGACUGUACUUUUACAAUUAUCAGUGCUCAUUAUAUUAAAAAUGAGAAUUCGUAAUUUUCAAUGAUGUUUAUAAUCAUUUUAUGUUUUUAAGAUGCCUGAUGCACUCUUACAUAAUGAAUCCAGAUGCUACCACUAUCGCAUCAUAUUGCCUGUAUAUGCUCAAUAUCGAUUUGUUAUCAGUUUUGUGGUUCUGGAAGGUCAAUGAACAUAAUGAAGUCAGUUAAUCAUAAAAAACUUCUUCUAUGGCUCUCCGGUCCGUAUUCGGUCCAUGGCCUCCUCAAUUCUCCUCUUCCAUUCGGUCCUCUGUUAGGUUGAGGUUUCGAAACAUCUUCCUUUUUAUGGUGCAAGGUUGUUAGCAUUGUGACCAACCCCCAACUUGGAGGACCAGGGUACCUGUCUUAGUCUGAUCUCUCUCCCUCGACCAAUCUGGCAAGCCAAAAUAAAUACUGAACCGGUGAUGUCGUGCUGCAGGUACUUUAAUUAUCAAAGUUGGCAACACGUGGUGGUUAGCGCAAUUUUAAUACUUUACUUGCAUUUGGGGAGACGGGCAGUUUGACUGGAACGAGACUUUCCUGAGAUCUGAGGCUCUCGUGGCGGUAAAUAUGUUGAUCGUGGCCUUCUGGGUCGUUUGCCGUGUGAUUUUAUAGGUAGUUACCAACGUUUCAGAGAAACGUAUUGCUUCCAUCUGCAGCAUAAAGAUGGAUGUUGGUAACCACCUGUAAGACCACGUGGUGUCACACCUCAGAAGAAGACGAUUAUUAUUCCAAAAUGGUUCACCGUUGGUUGCUGGGCCUUUCGUGGUUUUGGGUUCCUAUGAGAUUUCAUUUCCCUUGGAUGUAGGUUUAGAAUAAAUUGUUUGAAUGGAACCCAACGUGUACAUUUUAUCUGCAUUGUCUUUACGUUGCCACCACCUGUUACCAAAUGUCCGGUAAGAAACAUGUGAUGAUGUGUAAAUAAAAAAUGUAUAAAGUAACUUGUUAAGGGUUUGUUACUUAACACGUACAUAAAAAAUUGUUACUUUAAGAAUGAUUCCUGUAUGAUGUAUGUACACUUCUUUGGCUGUGCUGAGAACUGAAUAAUUUGACUUUGAAAUAUAAAUAUGCCACCUUCAGUUAAUAGAUAUAUUAAUGUUUAUAUAUUUUUAAUAUAUAGCUUAGUGAUGAUAUUUUUGUAAUUUAUAAAACUAGGAACAUAUCCCUGUUCUCUAUGUAAACAUUACCAUAGGCCUAAUAGUAAAAAUUAAAAUUUGAAACUGAAA